AUGAGCGAACACGGAACCGGACCAGUAGUGCUUACAGUCAGAUCUGUGUUUUCAGCAUUUUUACCUCUGUUGUCUUAAGUUUACCAAGUAGAACCGGUGAUCGUUUGAAAAUACUUGCCCAUAAUGGACAACUACGGGAAAUCGUCUUUGGCUCAACCGACACCAAUGGCUCCUGACUUCAGAGGGAAUGAAAGCUCCUUAGUAUCUGCGCUGAAGACGCUGCUGUUCUUCACCAUCCUGAUGGUGACAGUACCAAUUGGGCUAUACUUUGCAUCAAAAGCAUACAUAUUUGAAGGCUCAAUGCAGAUGUCUAGUUCAGACAGCUACUUCUACGCAGCCAUUGUGGCCGUGUGUGCCGUGCACGUGGUGCUGGCCCUGUUCGUCUACGUGGCCUGGAAUGAGGGAUCUUCACCAAAGAGGAAGGAGGGCAAGCAUGAUUAAGGAAGAGCUUUGGUGGCCUCUCACACUCACCCUUGGAGACAUGGGCGAACGAGAGAGAGAGAGAGAGAAAGAGGAGAGAGAGACAGAGGAUAUUCCAUUCAGACCCUUCUCACCCUGAUCUCAAACCUGCCAUGGGUGGAGAGAGAGAAGGAGAAAGAGAAAGAGAGAGAGAGAGAAAAAAAGAGAAAGAGAGAGAAGAUUCUCAGUCAGGUCUCCAUCAGCAGAGUGUGGUUGCCUUCCUGGCAUUUCACAGGGAUUUAACAGUUGGAAGUGUAGGGGAUUGUAUUUGCUGGGGAUACACAAACUGUGUGUUUGUUUGUGUGUGUGUUGUGUCAACAAGGUCUCAGCCUCAACCCUAUUUCUUUCCUAGCCAGAAUGUGUGUCUGUCUGAAUGUCUCUGUGUGUGUUUACUGUAUGUGCAAAUCUCAAGGCCUCUUCCAUCCGUGUGUGUGUGCGUGUGUGCGUGUGUGCGUGCGUGUGUGCGUGUGUGCGUGUGUGCGUGUGUGCGUGUGUGCGUGUGUGCAUGUCCAAACACAGAUAGGCGCGUGUGUAGACCAGAGCCUGAGCUUUGAGGGAUUCAGAUGAUUACUGCUCCUAAAUGUGCCCAUCUGUAGUGGUUCAUCAUUUCGCUGGCUCCCAGUCCGAGCAUGAACUCAGCCUGUCCUCUGUCAUCUCACCAGAUCUGUGUUUGCGAACCUCCGGGGUCCGCAGCACAGGGGCAAGGGAGGCUUCAGCUCUACAUUUGUUUAUUUAUUUACAUCCUUUUGUUUACCAUUUGCUGUUGGUCUUUUCUUUCCUUGUCUCUUCAUUUGUCCUUUUUUGUUGUUGUUUCUUUCUUUUGUUUGUUGCUGGAACGGAAGUGCCCAGGGGCUGCAAACAUCGUUCUCAAUUGUGUGUGUGUGUGUGCAUGUGUGUGUCUGUUGUUAUGUUUUUAUCAUCUGUUUUCCAUCAGCCUGCCAUUGUUUCCCGGCACACCACAGUAUUCUGAAUAAUCUCACAUAGCCUAAAGAGAGUUGACUGAAGUGGACCUUUUAAGUCUAGUAGUAGUGUGUUCUAGCUGUGCUGUGCUGUUGUAUUUUUCGGUGUGUGUGUGUGAUGUUGCUGAUGAACGUGUCAAGCCCAAUGACCUUGAAAGAACAUUUAAAGCAGUACAUUAAAAUGUGAAUUUACA